AUGGGGUUGGUUCAAGAAGCUGUCAUGGUUGGUUGGGCAAUUCGGAAGGCUCAGAAUGAUAUGCUCUGGAAUGGUAAAAGCUGUAGUGUUGCUGAUGUUGUUUGGCUGGCUUGUACCACUCUUCAACAAUGGUUGUGUGCUCAGGCUAAGCGGCUAGACUCGGGUUCCCUGCCGUCUAAUCGUACUGAUACGAGAGAACACUGGUCCAAACAGGCUGCUGAACAGAUAAAAAUUAAUGUGGAUGGGGCGGUUUUUGAAGACACAAAUGAGAUCGGUACUAGUUUUGUAGCACGCGGCUGUGAUGGUCGAAUAAUUGAGGGGUUUUCAACUAUUUCUUCUGUUAGUUGCCAACCCGAAAUUGCAGAAAUUAUAAGCGUCAAGGAGGUACUUAGUUGGAUAAAGAGGAAUAACAAGUCAAAUGUCAUUUUAGAGACGGAUUGCAUUUUAGUUGUUCAAGCUAUUCUUAGUUCGGUCUCUAUGCCUUCUAUUUUUGUUUUCCACGCAGAAGUAGUUGCUUUACUAGUAGGUUUGCGUUGGGCUCAAGAUGUGGGACUUCCCGUGGAGAGGGUUUUUUCUGAUUCACUUUCUUUGGUCUCAGCUUUGGAGGGCCAGACUGUCCGCAACUUUAAUGUUGAGGCUCAUAGAUUGACUAAGCAUGCCCUUAGGAUAGACAAUGAACUUUCUUGGAUGGAAGAAAUCCCCCUCCCUCUGUGUAACUUUUGUUACCGUUGUUAUCUUAACCUUUACCGGUUACCCCAAUAA